GUGAACGAGGAGAUCCAUAAGAAGACGCCCUCGUUAUUAAGGGUCGCGCUCUCGGACCCUUCCCAUCGAUUUGAACGAAGGUUGGAGAUCGAGUUGUUCGAUCGCUGGAAUGAUGCUUCGCGUAGUGUUCCUGAUCUUAUUCCUGUUCUUCUACUCUCGUCAAGCCCAAGCCGCUGUCGAUCCCUAUAAGGUCCUUGGAGUUGAUAAAAGUGCUAGUCAGCGUGAUAUUCAGAAAGCCUUUCACAAGCUUUCUCUUCAAUAUCACCCUGAUAAGAAUAAAAAUAAGGGUGCACAAGAAAAAUUUGCAGAGAUAAACAAUGCCUAUGAAAUCCUCUCUGACGAAGAGAAGAGGAAAAACUAUGAUUUAUAUGGAGAUGAGAAGGGUAACCCAGGAUUUAAUGGAGGUAAUUUUGGGAAUGAAGGACAAACAUACUUUACCACUGGAGGACCAGGAAGCAGUUACUUCACUUCUAAUACUGGUGGAUGGCAGACAACGGGUGGCAAAGGAAAUGCUAAGACAUUUUCCUUCUCCUUUGGUGGCAACUCUGAUGUUAGUGGGAACCCAUUUGGUUUUGGCUUUGGCGAUUUAUUCUCGAAUUUUUUUGGUAGUGAUAUAAAGAGUGGAAACCAGCAUGAUGGUUUUACUUCUAGUAGCCCUGGCGGACCGAACUCUCAAACCUCUCCUGCAAAUAUUCAAGAUGUUAAUUUACAGUUUUUCAACAAACAAAUAAAGGACCAGGGAAUGACCUGGGUUUUGUUGUUUUACACACCUUCUGCCAAAGGAUACCACAUACUUGAGUCCAUUGUCGAGGAUGUAAUCAGUUCAUUAUCGGGAGGUAUAAAGGCUGGUAAAGUUGAUUGCAAUAAGCAAUCACUAUGUAAGGACUUGGGCGUGUCUCUUUCAAAGUCAGCUCGUCUUUUCAUCUAUUCUUAUAAAUCUAGUGAAAGAGGCUCGCUGGUUGAAUACAGUGGCAACCUUGAGGAGCGUAGUUUGAAAAGCUUCUGUCUCGAUCAUCUUCCCAGGUUUUCUAGAAGAAUAGAGCUCGAUCAGUUUGAUUUUUCUUCUGAUAGUUUAGGGAAUCUUCCUAAGCUGUUGUUACUCUCAACCAAGAAAGAUACACCAGUAAUGUGGCGUGUCAUAAGUGGCUUAUACCGGAAAAGGUUUUUGUUCUAUGACGCAGAGGUUCAUGAUGUUUCUCAUCCUGCCUUAAGAAGCUUAGGCAUCAAGAAACUACCAUCUGUUGUUGGUCAACUAGUAGAUGGCGAGAUAAAUGUUCUGAAACAAGGGAUUACUGUCAAAGACCUGAAAUCGGGGAUUGAAGAUUUAAAAGCCUUGAUUGAAAGUUUUGAGAAGAAAAAUACGAAGGCAACUCUCAAUAAAGCCAAGAAACCCGUCGACAAUGAACAAGGGCGAAAUAUUCCUUUGGUCACAGCUCUGAACUUUGAUAAUCUCUGUGGAGACAAUAAUGCCUUGUGCAUUAUUGGUGUCUUUAGGUCAUCAAAGGCAAGAGAGAAAUUAGAAACAAUUCUUUCUGAGAUCUCUCGGAAAACAUUAGUUAGGCGACCGAACCAUGCUCGGACCAGUAAGGAUUCGAUAUCAUACUCGAUGUUGGAUGGCAACAAGCAGUCGUCGAUCCUGUAUGCUUUUGACAAAUCUGGGUUCAAGACUUCGGACGCGCUGCUGGUAGCUUACAAGCCUAAGAAGGGGAAAUUUGCCACUUUGACAGACAUACUAACCCUGGAAGCAGUGGAGAAAUUUGUCAGUUCAGUUCUUAGUGGUGAUGUCCAAUUCUCUAAGAUUCGGCAACAUCCUGUUAUCCGAUGAAGUGAUCUUCGGCCUAGUGUAAACUCUGCCCAUUUAAGGCUGCACCAGUUAGGCCAAUGAGAGGAAGCUUAACAAUGGAAUUUUGUAUAUAGUGGACAAGAACGAGUUUUUAAAAUGUAUAAUACCAAGCAAUGAGAAUAGUUUGUCCCCUCUCUGUUCCUUUUUACUCUCUA